GAGUUAGAUGCUUGUUGUUGAUUUCAUAAAAACAAAAAGCAACCCAGAUCUUUGGGAUCCCCUUGGUGAUUCAGAGGGAUGUAAAAAUUCUGUGUCAACUCUGAAUCGAGAUAACAGAUGUUGCAAUUCAGCUGUGUGUAGUCAGAGCGGAAGAUAGUGGUGGUUUCUGAGGUUGACCCAAAACCGUACUACAAAAACAGCCGUGGUCUUUCUUGCAAAAGGCAUAACGUAUAGAAUUACUAACCACAAUGAUUACAAGUGUAGAUAUAAAUCGUGUACUUUAAAAUGUCUCUUGCGCACACACAUGCAAGCGGACGCAAAUGCAUGAAUACACGUAGGCCUAAAUACACACAUGCAUUAACACAGAAACAAAGUAGGCAAAAAUUGUCUACAGACUACAAUCCGCAAAAAAUGCAAAAUUGUAUCAGAUCAUUUGUCUUCCAGCGUGCUCACAACAUGGCACUUGUUAAUAUAACACACAUUCAUAUUAAACCUUCGACAUCUUUCAAAGUGUUACUGGAAUGUAAAACUUUUUUUUAAAAAGCAAAAGCCUAUCCAAACAAGCCCAGUAUAGUCUUCAUGCAUAGCUUUAAAUAGUUACAGAGAAUCAUCUCCAGCGUAGGAGUAGGCUACUGCCUGCAUAACGUCUACACACACAAAUCGAAAAACAAGUUCUGCAGUGGUGGAUUGUAUGAGGUUUGCUGAGGUGUAGAUUGUAAUGGUAUAUAGUGGGUUUUUACUAUGUGUACCUUCUAUUAUUGUAAUUUAUACACAGUGUAGGAAUAAUCUAUGAUGUAAUUAAAACAGCACAGAGGAAGGAUGUUUGAGAUUUACUGGGAGAAAACGUUAAUCCAAGUCUAUAAUUUACCUGGUUUAACUGAGUUAGAUAAUAAUAGAGCUUAACUCUAUUAAAGUCCCCAAAGCACAUUUUUAAACGUUUGUUCUACUCUCUGAGAAUAAGAGGCAAAAGAGCUAUUUGACUUCUGACUACACUACCGUACACGUCCCUGUGAGAGGCAAAGAUGUUUUGAAAACAAGUCUAUGUUUAGCCUAUAUUUAAGAAUAUAUUCUAUGUCAUGAGUGUUCUUCCAAGCAAAACAACAGCACAUGAUAUUCAAAUAUAAAUCAGAGGCACUGUUUUUAACCGUUGGGCCUAUAUGAGUCUAUAACUGCACUGUGUGCAUGGAGCGUGGCAGAGAACCAGGCCCGCUCAGGCACAAUGCCCGCUGCCUGGGGCCAAAUGGCACUGUCCACCUCCUUGGAAGUGCCAGGAACACCAUUGCUAUGUAUAAUGUUUUAAUGUAUUACUAUAAAUAACUAUGCAUUUUCACACAAUACAAUUAGGGCCGAUUAUAGACCAGGUGGAAACACAUCAGGAUGCAAGUUUGCUAUUUUGUCUUAAUGUCAAAUUUAUAAGAUUAAUAAAUGACUAACUAUAAAAUAAAUAAAUAUGUUGAAUAGGAAAUUACAUAAUUUAAUUAAAGACAUAUGACCGUCUCUAUCGCUCGGCAAAAAUAAUAAAGCGUUCCCUUUAAGAAGAGAGCGUAAUACAUUUACUUCCUGUCUCCUUAAAAACAGCUUGUGUACUAGUUUAAAACUCUGUAGACCUAACCAUAUUUUACUGCCACUAAAUGCACAUUUCGUUGGGUGUGACUCGCGUAGGCUGGUGGCAUGAGCAGCAGUUAAGAUCUUGUUACCAUUUCACAACAUUGUUAAAGCACCCAGCGUGGUGCUUUGUGCACAGCGGUGGGUAUCUUUAUAUCAUUUGCUAGGUCUCUAAUCACAGCCGCUUAGCCUGCAGGGAAAAAAAACACUCUAUAGUUACAGAUAAGAAUGAGAAUUCACAGCGAUUUAUGUAAAAGGAAGAUUUAAAAAAAAACUUGACCCAGCCUUAUUACUUACUUACCUUACUCAGGCUGGUUAAAGCGAACCAGUUUCAUGGAAGGGAGAAAGAGGAAGAUGCCGUCAGCAGCAUCGUCACCUAAGCGAACCGACACUAAAAAUAAUAUACAAGUGCCCUCAUCUCACUUAAACUCCAUUACGUGCGAAAAUAACGAAGCCACAUCCCGGAAAGAGCGGAGUUGUUAUUUCAAAGGGGAUCGAAACGAGUCAAGACUUGGAGAGAACUUUUUCAACCAGCCUUGCAUUGCUUUGGCCAAAGCCCUCCUUGGCAAGGUACCUCGGUUCUCUGCUCUGCUCAUCAAGUGUGUUGGUGCGGCGGUGUGCAGAUGGCAGCGAGUUACGUGGGAGGGUGGUGGAAACUGAGGCAUACCUUGGGGGCGAAGAUAAAGCCUCUCACUCAGCAGGCGGCAAACGUACAGAGAGGAACACAGCCAUGUUCAUGAAGCCAGGAACAAUCUAUGUUUAUUCCAUCUAUGGCAUGUACCUCUGCAUGAACGUAUCCAGUCAAGGGGAGGGCGCCGCAGUGCUCCUGCGCUCCCUCGAGCCCCUGCAGGGUCAGCCCGUCAUGAGGCAGCUGCGGGCGCAGGCCAGACGCAAGGCUACGGCCCGGCCCCUGAAGGAGAAGGAGCUGUGCAACGGCCCCGCCAAGCUGUGCCAGGCCCUGGACAUACCCCGCCUCUUCGACCGGCGGGACCUGGCCCGAGACCCCGACGUGUGGCUGGAGACGGAGAGCGAUGACCCGGGCUUCGCGAAGACUGCGGAGGCUGGGGAUAGGGGGGUGGUGGUGGUGGUGGUGGUGGUGGUGGCGGCGUCCAGGGUCGGGAUAGAGUCCCACGGGGAGUGGGCGAAGAAACCUUUGCGCUUUUACCUCCUGGGAAACCAGUGUGUGAGCGUGGUGGACCGGGCGGCGGAGAGACUCGCUCUCGACGGGGGCCAUAAUGAAUGAUUUAGGCUAGGGGUGGGGAAGAGGGAGAAAGACAAUCAGCAGGGUUUCUCUCCACAAGUUAUGAAGGCAAGCUGUGGGCUUGAUUGGUUUGCCGCCUGUGCACCGUAAUGGAUUGUGCAGUCGGAUGCCACGUGGUUCGGAACUUUUUGUAUUUUCUCCCGGGAGAAAUACAUCAUUUUGUACAACUUGGGAGGAUGCAGAUUCAUUCUAUUUUUGGGUCAUUUGUAUACAAAUCAAUCCCGACACAUCUGAACUGUUGUCUGUUAGAGAAAUUCAAAGACGCAUAUUCAAGUGUUUUGUAUGUACAUAUCAAUAUAUAAAAUACAAUGUAAAAA